CAAAGCUUCGCUAGGAUGUUUCUAUCAGGAAGUUCGCUUAUCGACGAUUGCAGCCCGCAAUCUAAUCGUCACCGAUCACUCGAUCGUCUAUUGUCAACUCUACACAAAAUCAAGUUACGUCUACUCGCCGAUGCACUAUACGCUCGCGAUUGUUUCGCUUUUCGAAUCUUUGCGUAUCUCAAUUAUUUGACGCCGAAGAGCAGGAAGGAGAUCCUCGAGCUGCUGGUUGGUGGAUUAAAGAGGCUAGAAUAUCGAGGCUAUGAUUCGGCAGGUGUCGCCCUUGAUAGCGCCGAUGGCAAGGAUAUCUCGAUUAUUAAAAAGCAGGGAAAGGUCAAGGCGCUCGAGGAAGAGAUCUUUUAUCGUACCAAUAUCGACUUCGAGUCGAAGGUUUACAGCCACGUGGGUAUCGCACACACUCGUUGGGCGACUCAUGGUGUUCCAUCUGAAGUGAACUCGCAUCCUCAAAGAUCCGAUGUCGAACAUGCUUUCCUUGUGGUGCACAAUGGUAUCGUGACAAAUUACAAGGAAGUGAAGACGUUGCUUCACCAAAGAGGCUACAGCUUCGAGAGUGAAACCGACACGGAAGUAAUCGCUAAGCUGAUCCACCAUCUCUGGGUACAACAUCCGGGUUACUCGUUCCGCGAGCUAGUCGAGCAGGUUGUUCAACAAUUGGAAGGUGCGUUUGCACUGUGCUUCAAGAGCAAAUAUUUCCCCGGUGAAUGUGUGGCGACGAGAAGAGGAUCACCGCUGCUCGUGGGUAUUAAGACAAAAACGAGAUUGGCCACCGAUCACGUGCCCAUCCUGUACGGAAAAGAUGAAUCUCCAUGCGUAAACAAAGAAGGUGAAGCGCCCACUCAAGAUCAUCGUCCACAUGGUCGUACUGAACUUCCGGUUAUACCACGCAGUGAAAGUACUUCCAAAUUUCAACCCUUGGAGGACAAAGAAGUCGAAUAUUUCUUCGCAUCUGACGCCAGUGCUGUGAUCGAACAUACAAAUCGUGUUAUAUUUUUGGAGGAUGAUGACGUAGCCGCAGUGAAAGAAGGUGCUCUCAGCAUCCAUCGACUCCGUCGAUGUAUGGACGAUCCCCAUGCAAGAGAAAUUACUACCUUAAAGAUGGAAAUCCAGGAGAUCAUGAAGGGUAACUAUGAAUAUUUCAUGCAGAAGGAAAUUUUUGAGCAACCUGAGUCGGUGGUGAACACCAUGAGAGGACGUCUGAACUUCAGAGACAACUCUGUUACAUUGGGAGGCAUCAAGGAUUACAUUCCUGAGAUUAAGAGGUGUAGACGUCUUAUGCUGAUUGGUUGUGGAACAAGCUACCAUUCUGCUAUUGCUACCAGACAGCUUUUGGAAGAAUUAACUGAACUACCAGUUAUGGUCGAAUUGGCUUCUGAUUUCUUAGACAGGAAUACACCAGUGUUUAGAGAUGACGUUUGUUUCUUUAUCUCACAGUCUGGUGAAACAGCAGAUACGUUAAUGGCUUUGCGUUAUUGCAAAGGACGUGGAGCUCUGAUUGUUGGUAUUACCAACACGGUAGGCAGUAGUAUCUGUCGUGAAUCACACUGUGGUGUUCAUAUAAACGCAGGUCCUGAGAUUGGUGUUGCUAGUACCAAGGCUUACACUUCCCAGUUCAUUUCUCUUGUAAUGUUUGCUUUAGUUAUGAGUGAAGACAGAAUCUCCCUUGGUAGUAGACGUCAAGAGAUUAUCGAAGGAUUGAAAAAUUUGGAUAACCUCAUUCGUCAAGUUCUCCAACUUGAUGAAAAGGUUAAAGAAUUAGCCAAGUCUUUGUUCCAACAUAAAUCUUUGCUGAUCAUGGGUAGAGGAUACAACUUUGCUACGUGUAUGGAGGGAGCUUUGAAAGUUAAAGAAUUAACAUAUAUGCAUAGCGAAGGUAUCAUGGCAGGUGAAUUGAAACAUGGUCCACUAGCGCUCGUGGAUGAUUCAAUGCCUGUAAUAAUGAUCGUCAUGAGGGAUCCAGUUUAUGUGAAAUGCAUAAACGCCUUACAACAGGUUACUGCCAGAGAUGGAAAACCGAUCCUUAUCUGUGAGGAAGGCGAUGAAGAAACGAAAAUGUUCGCUGAUAGAAUUCUUGAAGUACCCAAAACAGUGGAUUGUCUCCAAGCAAUCCUUGCAGUCAUUCCACUACAAUUGCUAUCUUUCCACAUCGCGGUUCUUCGCGGAUGUAACGUCGAUUGUCCGAGAAAUUUGGCGAAAUCAGUUACGGUUGAAUAAAAGAUCAACCUACAUUCA